AAUUCUUAUUUGUAAACGUAAUCAGCUGUAACAUGUUUAUCAAAUUAUAACAUUUAUUUCUCCUUUAUUUGAAGAGAUAUUUUUAUCUUUUGUAUUCGGAUUACUUAUUAACUACGUUAUUUUAUUGCUGGGUAAAUUAAGAAAAUCUCGUAACUCUUAUCAUGUUUAAAACAUAUGGAUACAAUUAUAAGUAGCUACAAUAAGCAUUAACCUCUAAAGUCUUAAUUAACUUUUAAAACUAUAAAAUUACUUCUACAAUGAGUGAAAGAAAUGUAGUAGUCACAGGAUUUGGUCCUUUUGGAAUACACAGCAUAAACGCAAGUUCUGAAGUAGUGAAAUCACUUCCAGAAAAAAUUAAAGAUGUAAACAUCAUUAAAUUUGAAAUUCCUGUUGUUUAUGAGAUUGUUGAUGAGAAGAUACCUGAAUUAUGGGAACAAUAUCAACCUAUUUUAAUUGUUCAUGUGGGUGUUUCUGAGAGAGCCCAAUUGAUAACAUUGGAAACAAAUGCAAAUAGAACAGGGUAUAUUAAAAAGGAUUAUCAUGGAUGUUGUCACAACACAGGUGAUAUUUGUGAUGACAAUUCAAAAGAUUGUUUGAAAACCGGAUUGUGUAUUAAUGAUAUAUGUGAUCAUUUAAAUAAAAGUGGCAAGGUGAAAGCAUGUAUUUCAAAUGAUGCUGGCCGCUAUUUAUGUGAAUAUAUUUUUUAUAAAUCACUUUAUGUUGAUCAUACAAAAGUUUUAUUUAUACAUGUUCCUAUGCUGAAUCAACCAUAUUCUUGUGAACAAUUGACCGAGGGAUUAAUUAUUAUUAUAGAAAAAGCGUUGGAAAUGUUAAUGUUAAAUGAGGAAAAACGUUAAGUGGGGUAUUUAUUAUUCAUGAAAUUCAAAUUUUAUUUUUAAGAAUUAAACUAUAUGUAUGCCAAAUUAAUACAAAUAAGCGUUU